AUGGCUGCCAAUUUUUGGAAAUCGUCUCAUUACUCUCAAUGGGUGCUUGACCGGCAGGAAAUUUUAGCUGGAAGAGAAGAAGACUUAUCCUAUUUAUCUGAAGAUGAAAUUUUUAAGAUUCAUAUGUUUUUCGCUAAUUUCAUUCGUCAUUUGGGAGAUUUAUUGAAAUUACGGCAACAAGUUAUUGCAACGGCAAUUGUAUACUUUAAACGAUUUUAUUCCAGGAAUAGUCUAAAAUCGAUCGCGCCACUACUUCUAGCUCCAACCUGUAUUCUAUUAGCAUCCAAGGCAGAGGAAUGCGGCAUUAUAAAUACUGGACGCUUUAUAAACGCUUGUACAAAUGUUGUGAAACAAAAGUAUUCCAGCUACUUUGGAUCAGAUUAUCCAUAUAAGAUGCCUGUGAUAUUGGAAUGCGAGUUUUUCCUGUUGGAACUAUUAGAUUGCUCUCUGAUCGUUUUUCAUCCAUACAGACCUCUACUUCAGUUUGUUGAAGAUUUUGAAAAAAAAGACGCACUCUUGCCUUGUGCAUGGAGAGCAAUCAACGAUAGCUACAACACCGAUAUCUGUCUUAUGUAUCCACCGUAUAUUAUCGCUUUGGCUUGCCUCCAUACUGCCUGCAUUAUACAGAGUAUCGAUUGCACGCAAUGGUUUGCCGAGUUAUCGGUUGAUUUAGAUUUGUUAUUUGAAGUUACACGCCAAAUAGUAGCAUUAUAUGAAUUGUUAAAAACUUAUGAGGAAAGUGCAGAAAUGAAGUCGCUAUUAGAUAAAAUAGCCCUACCAAAAGGAGGAAGGUAUGACGGUAAAUUGAUGAAAUAG